UGUUACUUCCUGCUUCUCUCCCUCUCUCCUUUAUCUCUCCUCUCCUCUCUCUCUCAUUACUUCCUCCUUACCUCAUCCUCGACGUCGUCAUCACUCAAUCACUUUCAACUCGUUUACGUUUGUUUUGUUCAUCCAAGCUUCGCGCAACAAACCUGUUUACUCUCUUCUGACACACACACACUUAAACAUACCAAAUACUUUAUAUACCAAAUCACAUUUGUACUUACACACGCAAUAGAUAUAUUUAUCGAUACACAUAUUCUUAGCCUUUACUAUUAUUAUUUUUUUACAUUUUUAUACAUAUUGCUGUUAACACUCACGUAUCUAUUGCCACACACACAUACUUGCUAUUCAAUCCAAUCUAUCGUUAUUCUAUAUAAAUAAGAAGCGCAUAAGUUGCGUACUUAUACAUGUUUGUACAUAGACACAUAUUCAUGUACAUUAACACACACAAGGACACGGAUUCUUUCUUUCGUUGUUUCUCUUUUCGGAUAAUUUAUUUCUUGUUUAUUUAUUUAUUGCAUCCAGGGCAACUGAAACAUCCAAAACCUGUAAAAAAUUCACCACAGUUCAUUGACAGAGGUUCGGUGGAGGGAAUGCAUGGUUGACCAAAUAAAACCACCAGACACUCAUACGUACGCGCACCUGUUUUCCUAAACAAGAACGCAAAUAAUUGCCAAAAGCAGCAGCAGUUCAUAACACUUUUAAUUCCGUUUCUCCAUCGUUCAUGAUUCGUCGUCUUUCUCCAUUUCGCCCAGCAGUGUAAUGGCUACGGCUACAUCCAGCCAUGGCCAACCCUCUGUUUUUAGUCUCCGUCACUUCUGUUGUGUUGGGUGGCGUCGCCUCUCUUUUCAUGAUGAUACCGCUGGGUAGCAAUUUCUGGGAAUACUAUAGCUAUGAUGAACAGGCCUUGAAUACUUACAAUAACAGUCACGGCAACAUCUUCAACGUGGUCCUCGUUAACCCGAAUGAAAGCGCCAAGAUAUAUCGGGUUGAUUUCAAACCGGACAAAAACAAUAGGAGCCACAUCCCCGCUUACUUGUUCUCACAAAAUUCAGGCCUUAUCCGAAUUUGCAGCCAAGUAUCAGCUGAAACAAAAGCAAAAUGCAACCAUUUACCUGACAUGUGGAAACACCCAUGUUAUAAUUUCGUAACGGAAUAUGAUGAGGAAACUAGUACAUUGAAUGCCAAAGGUAACAUAUUAGCAAAAAUGCAGACAUCUGCAGCAUCGUGUUUAAUUGUUAGCACGAUAGAUUUAAUGACAGCUUCAGCUCUUGGAAUUAUUGCUGUUUUCAAGAAGCAAGUUGCAUUAGUAAUGGUAACUGGAACUCUAUAUAUGAUGGCUGGUAUCUUCGGAGUGUUCACGUUAGUAAUCACCUACACAAAGCGGACCUAUGAAAUCGAGGACUGCUUCUACUUUGUGACAAUCCCGCCCCAAUUGUGCUAUACUCGACAAAUCACUUAUGGAUAUCCAAUAACUCUCAUGUGGAUUGGUGUGUUUUUCUGCGUCGCUACAUGUGCUAUUUGGAUAUUUCUUGCUCGAGCUUUAACAGUCAUCAAGUCUAAAGUGAUGAUGUGAGUAUAGCACACACACACACACAAACAACAGGCCAACCAGCCAGCCAGCCAACCAACCAACCAACCAACCAACUAUGUACCCAGCCAACCAAACAACCAUUUAG